CUUCCGGUAGCGUUUCCUGUGUUUGUAAACUGGAGGAGAAGCUGCGGGGAGGAGAAAGAGCGGAGCGCGGAGAGCGGAGAGCAGGCUUCCCCCCCCCCGAUGAUUGUGGCUUGUGUGGUAUCUGUUCAUUCUCUCUGCCCAGUGCGACGCUUUCUGUCCCCCACCCCACGCACACACUCCCAUCACUGCGAUGUCACAUCUUUCCAGCAACUCAGUCCGAGAGCACAUGAAAUGGGCUGGGUUGCUGGGCUGUGAGGCGGUGCUCUCCAGUAUGGCUCUCAUGCAGGCCAACUCCGCCCCCAGCCAUAAGAAGAUGCCCACCCCUCUGAGCCAGGGGCAGAGAGACCACCACAGCCACGGGCACAACCACAACCAGAACCACAGCCAGGAUGCCCACAGUCACCACAGCCACAUGAUGCUGCCCUCUGGAGUCAGCUGCCCACCAAUGCUCAUUAAUAAGGACGGAGCGUUCCACUCUUCCAGGCUGCUGGAGGAGAAGGACAUGCAGUCCAGCCAGAACCUGCAGCCAAAGAAGAAGAACAGGAAGACAGGAACGCCCACCAAAGUGAGAGAAAAAGCCCAGGUUCAGAUGCCCGAUCCCAGCGACGACGGUUCCCUCAGCUCUCAGGUGCAGAAGAACUUUAUCUGUGAGCACUGCUACGGAGCUUUCCGCAGUAGCUACCACCUGAAACGCCAUAUUCUCACCCACACAGGAGAGAAGCCGUUCGGGUGUGAUGUGUGUGAUAUGAGGUUUAUUCAGCGUUAUCACCUGGAGAGACACAAACGAGUUCACAGCGGAGAGAAACCCUAUCAGUGUGAUCGCUGUCAGCAGAACUUCUCGCGGACGGACCGGCUGCUGCGGCACCGGCGGCUGUGUGCCGUGGGCGUCGCCAAGGAGGAGAACCAGUCCUGCUGCGAGGGCCGGCCGUACCCGCAGGACCCGCCCCAGCACACCGCGUCCUGGAGCCCCCUACAGGCCAACAGCAGCAACAGCCGGCUGGCUGUGUGACGCCUCUGCGUUCCAGCGGAAACCUCUUAUCAGCCAGCUCAGUGGGAGGAGAGUGGACUCAGAGCAGCCACACGGGGGCGCUAUACUGUGCCGGACUGACCCCGGGCAAAGACUCCUGCGCCUCCAGAUCCCAAACCAAACCAGGUCAAAGUUCAUCCGCAGACGGUGAAAAGUGUUCUUUUGAUUCGUAAAACUGAUAAAACUGAUGUGACCUGAGCGGAGAGGAUCCUUUUAUAUUGUUAUUUUACUGUAGAUGGUCGUGACCCUGCCGGGGGUGGGAGUAGAUCGUUAAACUGCACAGGCAAUAAUGAGUUCAGUUAGAAAGUAGAGAAUCAGACAGUGACUCGGACGGGAUUAUUACUACUACUAUUGUUAUUAAUACUACUGCUUUCUUUUAUAGUAUGACGCACACAAGCCAAACACAAACCGGUUAAAUACGUCGUAUUUCAUAUUUCUGUGAGGACGUCACCAGUGAUGUAAAAGUGAGCAGAUCCUGAAGCUCCUGGAGCUGCUGGGGUUUCAGCCGUCGCCACAUGUGGCCUUGAAAUUGUGGUUAAAAAACUUCUUAAAAUCUGAACCAACGUUUAAAAAGCGCACACUAAAACAUCCACAGCAGGGUGGGUAACAGGAACUGCAAGAGGUGCUAACUAAUGUUAAACUGUCUAAAACAACAACAGCAGCAGCAGCUAAAUGCUUUCUGUCUGUGUACCGUAGUUGAUGUGUGCAAACGUACAUUUUUAAUAUUAUUCUCUAAAGUUUAGGCAGUUUUCUGCUGAUUUUAGCUCAAAUUCAACACUUGCAGCCCUUUGCAACAUGACACAUUAAAAUAAACAUACAGAUGAUGAUAGGCCCAUGAAACAUCAGCGAUGGUUCUGUUAUACAUGGAAUCCACUUGAAGUAGGUACUUUUGCUUUUUUUUAUUUUUUAUUUUUUUUUACUUUUUUGCCCAAGUAAGUAAAUAAAUUAUACCAAACAAUGACAUUAACACUGAAAAGCAAGACAAAAUACAUUUAGGCUAAUUUAAUUUAUGCUAAAGCCCUAUCCAAACAGGAUUAGUUUCUCAGGGGGACGUCUGUAUAUCUAAAAAUAUUGGACUGCAAUUAAAAAUACAGGAGGAUCAGUGAGUUUUUAGCUUUUAGGCUUUUUUCUUGGUCGCAUGACAUUGUGGAGUUCAGUAGCUCCUCCAUUUCCACUCGCUGUUGUGUUUUUUUAUUACGUGGAUCUCCAUGGAAACCAUGGCACGUCCAACGUGUACAGUAAUUACGGUGUGCGGCAGUGGACAAAUAUCUAUUUUAUGAAAGGCGAGGAGACGAAACUCCGGACAGGACUAAAGUUACAGUAGAUAAUUCAGACUGUAAUUUACUCAGAGGACGUCUGAGAAAAACACCUACAUGAUCAUUCUGGACGAGAAUAAAAUCACAGAGGAUAAAAACCCCUAUAAAAGAGAUUAUUACACCUAAAUUACCCCCUGAGAAACUAAUCCUGUCCAGAUAGGUAAAAUAAAAACCCAAAUUAAAAGACAGAUUUCUUUUGAUGGAUCUUUUACACAGUUUCACACAGUAUUAAUAUCUAACAUUAAUACAACAUUUAUUUUAUUUAAUUUUCAUUUUUGUCAUUUAUCUGAUGCUCUUAUCCAGAGCGAUUAAGAAGGUUAUUUCUAUUACAGAGGUGGACCAAUGUAGUGUUGGGAGUCUAGCCCAAGGACUCUUAUUAUAGCACCAUUCAGCAUUCAGUCACCCAGACCAGGAAUUGAACCGCAGUCUCCCACGCAAUGUGGUAGAUAGCUCACUGGCAGGAAGUAGUGUUAUCCACUGCACCACACCAACCACCAAUCAUAAGGUACCCAACCCAUAAGAUUCAUGUUAAAGAAAUGUUUUAAGGCAUCCUUAGACCUCAGCAUCAGGUUUCAAACGUUAAACAAAACAGUUUCUGGUCCUUAAAUGGGAAAUUAAUUGUCAAAAAUGUCUAAAUUCUUGUGAAAAUGCAGUGACGAGAAAGCUGAGCAACCUCUAAUUGUAAAGUUUAUCAAUGUUUAUAAUUAUUUUCUCGAUUAAGUUAGAACAAUUGCAGUUUUGUGACCCAAUAAUUGAUGUAUUAUGUAUCGAAAUAACUGGAGAAAACCAUUCAAGUGGUACAGUAAAGUAGAGCUGCGAUGAUUUGCAUGAUUUUGAUGAGUUACACCUGAAUAAAAGGAUUUUGAUAAACAUAAAACAGAUUAAAUUAAACAGACAGAAAGACAGAAAAGCCUGACUGCAAUAAUAACUAUAUGUCAGGAAAUAAGAAACCCUGUUUUUUGGCAUUCACUAAAGAAAAGGUCAAAUAUUAUAUUUAUUUCCAUGUUUAUCCUCUACAGUUUUACAGUAUGUGCAUAAAUAAACUCACCUGUUACCUCUGGAUAAAACAUCUCGCAUCUAAAGCCCUAUCUGUACGGGAUUCGUUUCUCAGGGGGACGUCUGUGGAAAAAUAUUUCACACUUCUACUCUUUAGUGAUAAAACUCCUGCAUCUGGACUGCAAUGGAAAAAACAGGAGGAUCAGUGAGUCACAUGACAUUGCGGAGUUCAGUAGCUCCUCCAUUUCCACUCGCUGUUGUGUUUUUUUUUUUUUUGUGGAUCUCCAUGGAAACCGUGACGCGCCCAAAGUGUAAUUACGGUGCGCAGCAGUGGACAAAUAUCUAUUUUAUUAAAGGCGAGGAGACGAAACUCAGAGAUGUGCGUCCGGACGGGACUAAAAUUACCGGAGGAGCACGGAGUUCAGAGAAAAACAGUAGAUAAUCCCCUGAGAAACUAAUCCAGUCCUGAUAGAGCUUUAUCCAGUAAAUCAGAUGAUUAAUAUCAGUGACUGUAUCCGUUUUUACUGUGUUGUAUUUCUGACACUGCGUUUAAGUACUGUUAGUAAUUAGUAAUUAGUAAUUGGACUCGGAAGAACACUGGAUCGAAUUUGGGCCAAAUUACCUUUUUUCAAAUACAAUUUUCCCUUUUAAUUUUUUUUUUACUUUGUUUUUAUAUCUGAACCAGUUACAGACUAUGAACUCUGAACACAGACCAGACCACGCCCAGGUUUCUUCUGCUGAAAUUUAAGUUAAUAUAUAUAUAUAUUUUUUACUUUUUACAUUCUCCGAGACAUUGUUUCUGUAGCUGUAGUUCUUAGACUGCUGCAGGCGUAUAACUGGUAGUCUCGAUAGCCCCGCCCCCUUUUUGUAAUACGUAGAUUUGCAUGAGGUUCAGUUUCUUCCGGAUGUAUACUGUAUUGUGAUUGUUAAAGAAGAAAAAAGUAUUUUUGAAACCAUUAUUGUUCUUUUAUUUUUUUGUAUUUUUACCAUGAUCAGAACAUGCACACUAAACUCUUUCUUACCCAGAGGCAUCAUGUAGUGAUCGCAGAUAUAGAGCCUAAAAAACACCAAUAAAUUCAUUUCUUUUUCAAGAA